AUGGGCGGGGCCGAGGUUGCCGUGGGGACGGGGCCGCGCCGUGCCCCUACCUACUUCUCCGGGCGGUGCCACCGCCGCUCCUGCUGGACGUGGCCUGCAGCCAGUCCCGGCUCUAGGAACAGUCACAUAGAUGACCAGUAUAAGGAGUAUGUGAAUCUGAAACGUCACAUGGAGGGAAAAAUCCAGGAAUUGGAAGGAGAGCUUUUUUGUCUCUCUGCUUCAUCUAGGCAUGAAGAACUAGCUCACACUGUUAAGGAAAAGGAUGCAAUGCCAGCUUCAGUAGAAGCAGCACAAGUCAAGCAAUUAAAAAAGCUGAAGCAGCAGAUUAGAGAACUGCAGACAAGAUAUAAAAGUCUGGAAAUUGAGCUGUGCAGAAGAGAGUGGAGUCACAGUGCUUGUUUAAGGGAGAAAGAUGCUCUGAUUGGAAAGUAUAAACAACAACUGUGUGUGGCAGCUGAGAGAGAGUGGAUUCUUGAACAGAAUAAAGUGCAAGCAGAACAGGACUGGCAGCAGCUCUGUGAGACUGCUGAAAGUGGUCAGAAAUCAGAGGAUGUAACACAAAGCCUGUCUUCAGCAGGACAACAGAUAUUUCAGUAUGAUGAUAAAAGUUCUCUGAGCAAAGAUGCUUCUACCUUGGAAAUAAAAAAGCUGCAGGAGCAGAAUGCCAACCUUCGGGCUGCCAUUGCACAGAUGAGGAAAGAAAUGGAAAGUCUUGAUGAAUGCACAUUGUCCUCUCUUCCUCCAAGAGAAACCAGCCAGCUUGCAGAGCAAGGUUCACUGAUCACAAACAAAAUUUCAGUUGGAACCCCUCUGAGCAAUGUCCAAGUCAGAUCAGCUAACUCAGAUUUUAUAGUGAACCCAGAGAUGGAAAAGGGGCCAAACCCCAAAGCUCCUGAAAAAAACAUGGUAGAUCUUGGACAACAGUUACCUGAUGUAGGUCCUGGUGCUGUUCUUCAGUAUGGUGUCAGCUACACUCUACAAGGAAUGCAAAAUAAACUGAAGGAAGCAGCACGAAAAAUCUCCAUUCUGAACCAAGAGAAGCAGCAGCUGAUUGAAAUGGGAAACAGACUCAGGGCAGAACUUGGAAUGGCAUCAGAGGAAGGACUUUGGCAUCCUGGUAGCUGUAAGCACUGCACAGUUUGUAUUGCCUCUGGCAGCCUUUUUCCAAGGGAGCUCGUCAGAAGGACACGGUGUCAGCUGAGAGCUUUAAAGCAUCUGCAGCACAGCCUUGUGACACAGGUUCAGCAAGAUUUCUCUACUGAAAAUCAUGGGCCUGGGCAAAGAAGGGCAGACCCAUCCUCAAGGAUCAUUCAGAGUCAGCCACUCAAGCAGAGGCCUAGUCAAGGCCAGCAGCCCCAGUUUCCUUUAUCUAGAGCACAGAAUUGCUGCCAAGAUAUUUGGCAAACUUUAGAAAUGGAAUCAAGCCCUCCUGUUCCCAGUCCUCUAAAGAACACUGAUCAAGCAAUGGAGUUUGAAGUCAUACAGUCAACUGAGCAUUCUGAAGAAUCUCAGCAAAAUAGCAAACCCAAGGAUAAACUUGAAAUGCCAGCUGCAGAUUUGGCAGUCAGAGGAACCAGGCUGGAAGUUCAGCAGAAGUUAAAAUCCAGGCAUGUAUCUGGAUUAUCCCAUAAAGCACAUCCCAUAAACCCCACAAUUUCUCCUACACCAGCAAAAAUCCGCAACUAUAACAUUAAAGACUGAUUUCUUUGUUGUCAGCAAGCUCCAGGUCCCCACUUGCUGUUAAGGUACUUGGAAAUCUAUAAAUCAGAUCUUAGACAC